AGAUUUGUCUACAUGUUCAGUGCACGCUAGGGUUGAUGAUUCGGAGUGUGACCAAGUAAAGAGGUCCAGGCUCAUCAUCAGCUCUUGCUGCAUUGUUCUUAAUGGAUAGAUCAAGCGAGUUGAUUGAGUUGGCCGUCUAUGCAGUGUGCCGUAUUAUUGUCGUGUCACAGGAGGACAUGUGUCCAUGUAGAGCUGAUUGAUCUGUGAAGGUGGGACUGCAACAGUUGGCUAUAUAGUGUGCAGUGUUUACUGGUGCUGGUGGCUCAGAUGUACAAGGUUGGAGAUCGCAAGGUGUCAAAUUCACUAGGAUUGCAGGAAUUUGUGAUCAAGGGCCAGCUACUGUCCAGCACGUCAGGAAAUCUUCGGUCAGUCCUUAAUACAGAUCGGAUUCCUGGACCAGUCCUAAAUAUAGAGGAAAACCUGGGUUUGUCCUAAAUACAGAGUGAUCCCUGGACCUGUCCCAAAUAGAGAGGAAAACCUUGGUCGGUCCGUAAUAUAGAGGAAAAUCUAAACCUGACCAUAAUUCAAAAGAAACCCUUGAUCUGUCAUAAAUACUGAGGAAGCCCAGGAUCUGAUUCUAUAAAUGGUACUAUAAUGUGGAGGCUGACUGGACUAUAAACACAGACGAAAUGGGCACUGUAUGAAUUAAAUCCUGUUCUGUAUGAAAAAUGGAUGGUACACCAUAAUCUCUUCUUACUAGGAUUCUGGAUUUCAAAUAGCCUUAUGUUGCUAUGAUAUGCUAUACAGUGGUUUUUGAAUACAUACAAGAUGUAAGACAACUCUAACACAAGGACACAUGUUGUUCCAUCUUCUAUCAUCAAGGUAGACAAAUGGAGUAUUCUACUGUACAUGUAAUGCUGAUUAGAGAAGUGGAGGAGUCAAAUCAUUUUUCAUCAUAAACUUUUGUUAUGUGAUACUGAUGUGGCCAUAAUAAUGGAUAGUAAGCCAUAACUGUCGGUCACUUUUCCAUAGAGAUCAACAGUCAGGGUCAGUUCCCGAGGAAUGUGACUCGGUACACUCUGGUAGCUGGAAAUAAGCUGGAAAUAAGCUGAACUACCAUGACUUGAAAGUUGGCAUAAACUAGCUGGGGAGGAAACAAUCAAACCAAACAUGGAUCAGGGUGAAGGAGAUGAGACGAGGAAGUGUUUCAUUCCCAAAGUGGAAAUGCGCACAGGAAUAUUUCGUAGUAGUAAAAACAAGAGUGGUAGUAACUCCUACACUGUUCCUACUACCUACACAGAUUCACAUGCAUCAACUAUACCAAAUUACAAUGCCACGUACUUGGACCCAAAGGCAACAUAUCAGACUUAUGAGAAAGGGGACAUCAGGACGUCCAUGCCACUGUCCCGACACGCCCGGAGUACCAUACAGGCACAGCUGUAUAACUUCCUGGAACGACCCACUGGCUGGAAAUGCUUCAUUUAUCAUUUUACUGUGUUCAUGAUGGUUCUUAUCUGCCUUAUCUUCAGUGUCUUAUCCACUAUUGACCAAUACGCUGGCUUCGCUAUGGAAACUCUUUACUAUAUGGAAAUUGUUUUGGUUUGUUUCUUUGGAGUAGAAUACGUUGUGCGGCUUUGGUCAGCGGGAUGUCGCAGCAAAUACAUGGGAAUGAAGGGUAGAAUUAGAUUCGCCAGGAAACCUAUAUCAAUAAUAGAUCUCAUAGUGGUAGUAGCUUCAAUAGGUGUGUUUAGUGUGGGCUCCGAGGGACAGGUUUUUGCUACCUCGGCUAUAAGGGGGGUGCGGUUUUUACAGAUUUUAAGAAUGUUACAUGUAGAUAGGCAAGGUGGCACCUGGAGAUUGUUGGGGUCUGUCAUAUAUUUACACAGACAGGAGUUAAUUACCACCUUGUACAUUGGAUUUCUGGGCCUUAUUUUUUCCUCGUACUUUGUUUACCUCGCUGAAAGAGAUGAAGGCAGAGAUGAUUUUUCCAGCUAUGCAGAUGCUCUUUGGUGGGGUGUUAUAACUGUGAUGACGAUAGGAUAUGGCGACAAGGUGCCACAGACUUGGAUGGGUAAAAUUGUGGCUUCCUGUUUCGCAGUGUUUGCUAUUUCCUUCUUCGCUCUCCCGGCAGGUAUUUUGGGAUCAGGGUUUGCCUUGAAGGUACAGCAGAAACAACGACAAAAACAUUUCAACCGACAGAUUCCAGCAGCAGCAACACUUAUACAGUGCGUUUGGAGAUGCUAUGCUGCAGACCCAACUUCAAACUCCGAAGCUACAUGGAAAAUUCACAUCCAUGACUCGUCCAAUGAGGAGACUAUGCUUGCCCGCAUGGCCAGACGUGCCAGUCUUACACUACGCAAGCGGCGGUCAUCACGCAUGGACUCCAUUUCCAUUGGUAAUCAUGUCCGCAGGGAGAGCCUCACCAGCUUCUACCAGGAAGACAAAAUUGGAACUCCUCGCAGCAACAGACGGGACAGCUCACGUCCAAACAUGAUGUCCAACCAUCCCAAUGUUGGAGGCAAUGACCAAUAUGAGGACCAAAUGGAAUAUGACUUAGAUGAUGUAGAAAAAGUCGUGCAGUAUGUGUACAGAUUAACUGAUGCUCAUAAAACAGCCAUACGGGUACUGCGAAAAAUUAAAUACUUUGUCGCGAGACGAAAGUUUCAGCAAGCCAGGAAACCAUAUGAUGUCCGAGACGUUAUUGAGCAAUAUUCUCAAGGUCAUCUUAAUAUGAUGGUUAGAAUCAAAGAGUUACAACGAAGAUUAGACCAGACACUGGGCAAACCUGGGACACUAUACUCCAACUGCUACAAAGAUAGGGAGAGGAUGACAAUAGGUGCUAGGAUUGUCCGCAUGGAGACACAAAUGCAGAAGACGGAUCAGAAGCUUGAUCAGGUGAUAUUCCUCUUAAACAGCUGGCUCAAGUCUAAACCAAUGAACACAGACUCGUUAGAGGAUGAAGUAUGACCUGCUUAGUGUGUAACAAUAAAAAUGGUAUACCUGUUUUCCUUGGCAGCAAAUUACCACGUGAAAAUAGAACAAGGAAAUCGCCACUUAUUGAAGUUACAUUGUAUAUUUGUUGUGUAUUAUUUUGUAUAAGAAGAAAGGCGGAAGAUAUAAUCAAAAUGAACAAAACGUUUGAUAAGUUUGGAUGACCUAGUGAACCGAAAUAAGGGCAAGGACUUUCGCCUCAUGAUGUCAUUCUAUGUUUAUUGUGUCGGGAGAGAGUGCAAUUGACAUGCUGUUCAUUCCAGAAAGCGUUUUUGAUCAUUUUUUAAAUAUAAGGUUUAUUUUACAUUGAAUUUGUUAUGAAACAUAUGUAAUAUUAUGGUUCCGAAACAAGGUUUGGAGACAUAUUGCUUAUACUGCAAUUGUUCUGUUUCUUCUUUAUAACAUUUUGUUCCGGCUAAGAGUUCCCACACGUUUUCAUAAAACUACAGGCAGGAUAACAUGAUUAACGGACAUAUGUGGGUGAGUAAUAAUUAUUCUAUUUUCUAAUAUGCCAUCAAACCUGGCCACAGCAGUUUCCUAUUGGAUAGGACAGUUACAUCUAAUUCUAUCUGAAAUUCUAUUUGGCCGAAUUUCCAAACAGAAUAAAAGCAAUAUAUAGGUAGUAUCAGAGACUUAUAAUGUAUUAUACGUCUCUGGUAGUAUAUUUGGAGUUUAACCACCGAUUUUUAGCUCACCUGGCACGAAGUGCCAAGUGAGCUUAU